AUGAGCGGUGCCGAAACUGCACUCGGUCGCUAUCUUGCCCUUUCCAGUAGCGGCGCAAGCACUGCUGCUAGCAGUGAUGUUGAUGAUCCACCCCCAGCGCAAACUGUCCCUCGCAUCCACAAACAUCGACCACCAAGACUGGAUCCCCGUACAGUCCGAGAUGCGCUUCUUGGGGCCUUGCCUGAAGAGGAAGAGGGGAAUCGGCGUUGUUUAGAUGGUGACAGUGACAGCAAUGAAGAAGAAAUUGAAGAGAUUUUAGAUAUAUCCCAAAAAUCGAACUGUCAAGACUCAGAGGAUGAACAAUAUGACCUUGACGCGGCAAAUGAGCUCGUUAUUCAUGCAUCUAGAUCCAUGCGUCGUCGAGUACAUCGACGCGCCUUACCUGAAGUUUUGGCUGAAGAAAAUGAAUCGGAUUAUGACGAUGACGAUUUUGAUUUCGGCAAUAUGAACGAACAUCUGUCUGACGGAGAGAUGCCUGAAGAUGAUGGUGAAGUGAAGUUCCCCAAACUAAUUCCAUCUAAAAAAAGGGCAGACGAAGCGACAGAUGACUCAAUUAAAAAUAAAAAUUUGAGGCGGAAGAAGAGAAGAGAGGCUCAGGUUGGUAUCAGCAUUUACUUUUGUAUUAGACGUUAUCCAUUGAUCCUCUUUGUUAGUGUUUUAUUUCUUCCCAUCAAGUCUUAA